AACUUCUUCCUGUGGUCGUGACCUAACGAAAACGUGACGUUGCCCAUUUCCGUUCAAUCGACACGCCGCAAGAAAACCCCUGUGAACUGUUUGCCGAACUUAACGACAGAACUAGAAGAGAUUUCUGGAGAAUUCUUUACUAUUCGGAAUACACCAACGGGCGGACGCAAUGAGAUAAGAUGUGUUUGGCCUGCUGGAGGGCAGCAGUGGAAGACCGAGAAACGACAGUGGAGCUCAUCAGUGACUAACCAUCUCAUGGCCUGUCAGUCCGUCUCCAUUAUUGACAUGGACGAGCAGGCCUUGUUGGGACUCAACCCCAAUGCUGACGCGUGCUACAGACAGAGGGCGAUUGCAUACUUCGAACAGUUAAAGGAGUCUCACGAUGCAUGGGAGGUGUGUGCAGAGGCCCUGGCUAAAUCUGUUUACAGUGACGACCAUGUGAAGUUCUUCUGCUUCCAAGUCCUGGAGCACCAGAUCAAGUACAGACAUGGAAGUCUCAAUGCUGCCCAACAGCAGUUGAUCAGAGAGACCCUAAUGAAGUGGCUACAGUGUCAGCUGAUGAACACCCAGGCAGAGAAGCCCUUCAUCAGGAACAAGGCAGCGCAGGUGUUUGCCCUGACCUUCGUGAUGGAGUACCUGACCCACUGGCCCAAGUUCUUCUUUGAUAUUUUGUCUUUGGUUGGCCUCAACCCACAUGGGGUGGACAUCUACCUCAGAACUCUGAUGGCCAUCGAUGCUGAGGUGGUGGACAGGGACAUUGUACACACUGCUGAGGAGGUUCGUAGGAACACUUUGAUCAAGGACAAUAUGAGGGAACAUGUGAUCCCCAGCCUGGUGGAGUCCUGGUACCAGAUCCUAGGGGCCUACCAACAGUCUCACCCAGAGAUAACCUGCCAAUGUCUGGAGGUGGUGGGGGCCUAUGUCUCCUGGAUAGACCUCAACCUCAUCGCUAACGACCGGUUUGUGAACUUGUUGCUGAGUCAGAUGUGUGUGGAAGACCUGCGAGAGGAGGCCUGUGACUGUCUGUUUGAGAUCGUUAACAAAGGCAUGGACCCCACUGAUAAGACCAAGCUGAUAGAGUCCCUCUGCCAGGUGCUGCAGUCUGCUGGCUUCUUCAAUGUGGAGCAGGAGGAGGAUGUUGACUUCCUUGCUAAGUUCUCUCGGCUGGUGAAUGGCAUGGGCCAGUCUCUGGUUCUGAGCUGGACUAAACUGGCCAAGAGCGGGGAUGUGAAGGUUGCCGCGGAAACACUGCGUGCACUGGAGGCCAAAGUUCCGCUGCUCAUUAAGCUGUUGGUUCACGAGGAUGAUGACAUAUCUGCUAACAUCGUAGGGUUCUGCUACGACUACCUGCAUGUCCUCAAACAGGGGUCAGAGUGGCAGUCUAAAAUGCUUCAGGUAGGGCGAGGAGAACAGGAGGCCGUUGAGGAGUACUGGGAAUCUGACAAGCUUCCUCUGCUUACAGACCAACAGAAAGCAAAUGUUGAGGCCAUUAUGCUGGCAGUAAUGAAGAAACUGACCUAUGAUGAUGAGUACAACUUUGACAACGAGGGGGAGGAUGAAGCCAUGUUUGUUGAGUACAGAAAACAGCUGAAGAUGCUGUUGGAUCGUCUGGCACAGGUCUCUCCUGAACUACUGCUGGAGGCAGUCCGCCGGGUCUUUAGCAGCACCAUGCAAACAUGGCAGACUGCUUCAUUCAUGGAGGUGGAGGUGGCCAUCAGGCUGCUGUAUAUGUUAGGGGAGGCCCUGCCGGCAUCUCAUGGGGCUCACUUCUCUGGGGACACGGCCAAGACUUCCACCCUUCAGGACAUGAUGAGAACGCUGGUGUCCUGUGGGGUUAGCAGCUACCAACACACCUCUGUGGUGCUGGAGUUCUUUGAGACGGUUGUCCGCUACGAUAAGUUCUUCCUCGUGGAACCACAGCACAUUCCUAAUGUCCUGAUGGCGUUUUUGGACCAUAGAGGCCUGAGACACAGCAGCCCUAAGGUCCGCAGCAGAGUGGCCUACCUCUUCUCACGAUUCGUCAAGACGCUGCAUAAACACAUGAACGCCUUCAUUGAAGACAUCCUGACCAGAAUACAGGACCUGCUGGAGCUCGUUCCCCCUGAGAACGGCGUCCCCGCACUGUUGACCAGCGAUGACCAGCUGUUCGUUUUCGAGACGGCGGGGGUGUUGGUUGUCAACGGAGAGGGUCCGGCGGAGAGGAAGCAGGCGUUGAUGAGAUCCCUGUUGAUGCCGUUGACUGACGCUUUCCGUCUGCUGCUGGCCAAGCUGGCUACUGAGAGGGAGGAGGAGAGGCAGGCCGUUCUGGCCGACUGCCUGAGUCACGCCGUGGGCUUCGCCAGUCGAACCAGCAAGGCGUUCAGCAACAAGCAGACAGUGAAGCAUUGUGGGUGCACUGAGGUCUACAGGGAUUGCCUCCAGACCUUCCUGCCUGCACUGAGCUGUCCUGUCCAGAGGGGGGCGCUACGCAGCGCUGUGCGCUCCUUUCUCCACCGAAUGAUCAUCUGUCUGGAGGAGGAGGUCCUGCCCUUCAUCCCUGCAGCAUCAGAACACAUGCUGAAGGACUGCGAGCCCAAAGACCUGCAGGAGUUCAUACCCCUCAUCAGCCAAAUCACCGCCAAGUUCAAGAGCCAGGUGUCUCCGUUCCUGCAGCAGGUCUUCAUGCCAUUGGUCCUGGCCAUCUUCGAGGUGCUCGGCCGGCCUGCAGAGGACAACGACCAGGCUGCAGCUCUUGAGAAGCAGAUGUUACGGAGGAGCUACUUUACCUUCAUUCAGACCAUCGCUUCCAGCGGGAUGAAUGAAGUCAUGGCGAGCCAGGGGGUGGAGAACAUUGAGCGGGUUCUGUUCACCAUCAUCCAGGGAGCCGUGGACUUCCCCGACCCCAUCGCCCAGAAGACCUGCUUCAUCAUCCUCUCCAAGCUGGUGGAACUCUGGGGAGCUAAAGACGGGAUGGUGGGCUUCCCAGACUUUAUCUAUAAACACAUUGUCCCAGCAUGCUUCCUGGCUCCACUCAAACCCACCUUUGACCUGACGGAUGCUCAGACUGUGCUGACAUUGUCGGAGUGUGCACUCACCUUGAAAAUGAUUCAUCACAAAAGGGGUCAUGAGUUCAUCCAGUACCUCCAAACAGAGUACCUGCCUUCUCUUCAGGUGUCCCCUGAAAUCACACAGGAACUGUGUCAAGUGCUUCAACAGCCAGACGUCAAGGUCCUCAAAAACUACAUUAAGGCCUUCUUUCAGCAAGCAAAACUGUAAAUAAGAACCGACGUGGAAGGAUUGAGAGGACGAUGAAAAGGGUCCAGUACUGCUCACUCCUGACUGACAGGGCUUCGGGGCCGUGGCACUAUGAAGACAACGGCAUAACCAGGCAGGAGGCCAAAGGACACAAGUGGUCAGGGCGAGGUCACUGUGGGGUGGCCACCCCCCUCAACCUCUGACCCAAUUAGGGAGGUGCUCCACGUGGAUUGGCACACUGGUUAGCUAAAGGAUGUUUAAUUGGUUGGAAUGUCUCUGUUAGAGGAGUGUACACUGCCAGGAGGUUCUGAUUAGAAUAUUCAGGGAUUCAAUGGAGGAAACCCUGAACUCUGAUCUUUACGUUGCCUGGUUACCUCCUAAUUACUAGGAUGUGAGGAACAUUAUAGGUUCAUCAAUUUAACAUUAUAGUUCAUUGAUUUCUCUUUUUACAUCAUCAUGAUUGUUUUUUUUAUUUAAGUGGGUGGUUCAAUAGGACAUGGAGCUUUUUCUCUGACCUGUAAGUUAAUACUUUGGAAAGAAAGGCUGAAUUGAUUGGCAUUUUUAUUGAUUUUUAUGUUAUAGACAGAAUGGGCUGGCUGGAUUGGAUUUCUUUUCAGUUUGAAGUGUCUUCCAGGACUUCUCAGUGCAGUUGACAAGGCCCUGGUUUAUUACACGUUUUAUUUGUUCUGUUGUCAAAUCCUAAACAGCAUUCAUAUGUCGGGGGGUGGGGUGGGGGGGGUUGCUGAUCUGGGAUCAGUUUGUCUUAUGAAUAACUGGUCAAAGCUGAUCCUGUAACCACACUAGAUAAGAAACUUUGAACUUUGAAAACAGGCCCUGAACAAUGUCCUUGUCCUCUGCCCACAUUCCCUCCCCCUUAUGGAGUACCUGUUAUUUUACAAUGAUCCGUCGCUGUUUUCUGGUUCAGAUUUACUAUUAACAUCUCAUCUGUAUCGUGUGCUGCUGAGGGGUUUAAUUAACGAUUCAGAGUUGAGAUACACUUAGACUAGAAUUGUUCAUUUUGUUGUCAAUGAAAGACGAGUAGAUCUCACCUGUGACUCAGCCUGUGAUCCACAGUGGAAAUCCACUUCAAUGUUGUCAUGUUUAGAAUGCUCUCAACUGGAAACCUUUGAACCUGUUUGUUUGGCUGUUUGAUUGCUUUGCUGUUAUCACAUGUUGCUUUCAGAAGGAAUUAAGAAAAUUACCAGUAGUGGAACAAAAUGUAAAUAUUAAGUAAAAAAAGAAAAGGAAAAAAAAAAGAAUAAGAUGUUAGUUGUAAAUAAGAGUUUCAUGGUUUAGCUUUUUUGUAAAAAUAAAAGUAUAUUCCUUUCUGAAAAUAACUAAUGCAAAAGACUAACAAGUCUAUUUCUAUUGAGGCACCGCUAUAAAUAUAAGACCUGUUUUUGAACAGGCCAAAACCAGCCAAAUACAUUUCAUAUCCACAUACUCAUGAAUGAGGAGUUAUUUUUUGGUUGUUGGUUUCCUGCCUGUUUAACUGCCCUGGAGUCUGUUGUCCUGUCCUGUAAAUAUAUUUUUUUGAAUCAGCCAGAUGACUCCCAUGUUGGUGGUAGCAUUACAAAUUCCACCCUAUUUUCUAUUUGGUACACUCCUUUUGGGUUUCAUUUGGGAUACUACCCUUGUGUACUUCAUGCUGUGGUCGUACCUAACCGAUGGUGAAAGUACCUUUCAGUGUUCCUCUAGUCCCCUCACAGUCUGUUACUCAACAGAAUUUUACCAAGUAUUCAAAUUGUGAUUGUCCUCCCACAUUAAAUAAACACCCAUACUGUCCUCCACCCACAUUAAAUAAACACCCAUACUGUCCUCCACCCACACUAAAUAAACACCCAUACUGUCCUCCACCUACACAAAGUAAACACCCAUACUGUCCUCCACCCACAUUAAAUAAACACCCAUACUGUCCUCCACCCACACUAAAUAAACACCCAUACUGUCCUCCACCCACAUUAAAUAAACACCCAUACUGUCCUCCACCCACAUUAAAUAAACACCCAUACUGUCCUCCACCCACACUAAAUAAACACCCAUACUGUCCUCCACCCACAUUAAAUAAACACCCAUACUGUCCUCCACCCACAUUAAAUAAACACCCAUACUGUCCUCCACCCACAUUAAAUAAACACCCAUACUGUCCUCCACCCAUACUGUCCUCCACCCACACUAAGUAAACACCCAUACUGUCCUCCACCCACACUAAAUAAACACCCAUACUGUCCUCCACCCACACUAAAUAAACACCCCUAUCAGGGUUCCUUUUGGGAAUAAACACCCAUUCUGUGCUCCACCCUCACUAAAUAAACACCCAUACUGUCCUCCACCCACACUAAAUGAACACCCCUAUCAGGGUUCCUUUUGGGAUGCAGGCUGUUGUUCUGUGGGCACUGGGUCACUUGACUCCUGCCGCAUUCCUCAGCACAUGCUGGCAGACUUCAUGAUUGGGGUUUCUCUGUGAAAGCUCUCUGCAUCCUGGCAUUUACAAACUGAAACACCUCACCAAGUAGUCACUCCCCAUGUCCACCCUCUAGAAUUAAAGAAUCAAACUCCCCAUGUCCACCCUCUAGAAUUAAAGAAUCAAACUCCCCAUGUCCACCCUCUAGAAUUAAAGAAUCAAACUCCCCAUGUCCACCCUCUAGAAUUAAAGAAUCAAACUCCCCAUGUCCACCCUCUAGAAUUAAAGAAUCAAACUCCCCAUGUCCACCCUCUAGAAUUAAAGAAUCAAACUCCCCAUGUCCACCCUCUAGAAUUAAAGAAUCAAACUCCCCAUGUCCACCCUCUAGAAUUAAAGAAUCAAACUCCCCAUGUCCACCCUCUAGAAUUAAAGAAUCAAACUCCCAAUGUCCACCCUCUAGAAUUAUCCAUUCAAAUCUCCACGGGCCAAACUCAUCCUCUCCUACUGAACAAGGAAUGUUUCAGACCUGGGGUACCAGGGGUCUGAAAAUAACCAGGUAAUCCUUCUGCUACCAGGUUGAGAAACUAAACCAAUUUAUAGCUAAUUUACCUACAUCAAGUAUGUAUUGUCCAACAACAGUAUGCACAUUUAGGAUAUUCUGAUACAUACCGAAUGAGUAGAUUUGAUCAUUCUUGUUUGAUAUGUCUUAAACACUUGAUUUGUUUAUAGUGACAUUAAAAAUCAUUGUCUCUUUAACCAAUAAA